AUGAAGAGGGUUAAGAAGGAAAACGAUCCACAGAUACGAGACGACAACACAUCCAUGGUUGAUCUUCCUCGAGAUCUGAUCGAAAAGAUUCUUGUGAGGUUGCCGGCUAAAUCCGUACCAAAGCUCAUCGUCGUCUCGAAGCUCUGGUCUUCUAUCAUCCGCAGCAAACAUUUCAUCGAUCUCUACCUGGAACAAUCUUUAACUCGUCCAUGUUUUCUCCUCUCGUUCCACCGUGACAGCAUCCGGUUCUUCAACUCAGUCUCACCGUCUUCUUCUUACACUUGUACAACAUCAAGCUUUCUUGAUAAUAAGCGGCUCUGUUCACAAAGUUACAACGUUUCUCCACCUGUACGCGGCUUGAUCUGCUGUCAAGAUUUGGAUAAGAUGGUGGUUUCGAAUCCUAGCACGGGCCAGCUCUUGGUUUUACCCAAACUCAACACUAGGAGAAAACUAGGGAUAUCAAGGUUUUUGGGAUACGAUACGGUUGAAGAUGAAUACAAAGUCUUGUGCAUGACGGUAUCGCAAGUUUCUGGGCCGUUUGUGAGCGAAGAGCAUCAAGUUUUAACAUUAAAAGGAGGAGCUCAGAAGAAGAAUAAAGAAGAAGCUACAUGGAGGAUGAUCGAAUGUAAGGUUCCGCAUUGUCCUGCAACCAAAGGGAUAUGUAUGACGACGACGAUGACUGGUGUUAUUUACUACGGAGCUUGGUCCAGUAGUGAUAGAGAUAAACACGAAUCUCUAAUUGUGUGCUUUGAUGUGAAAUUGGAAGAGUUUUCUCUUGUUAAGUUACCCGAUGGUGUCGAAAUUGAAAGUCAUGAUCAAUCUGAUUUGGUCAACUACCAGGGGAAGAUAGCUUUGUUGAAUAACUCAUGGGUUCAGAGCUCAUUCUCUGGUAAAUUUGAUAUGUGGGUUUUGGAAGAUGUCGUCAAACCAGAAUGGUCAAAGAUCUCUAUCGUGGUUCCUUCUUGGAAUGAUUUAGUUGGAAAAUGCUUAAUAAAAUGCAGAGGGGCCAUUCCUAGUUUCGGCGAAUUCAUUUUCUCACCAGCCUAUUCGGAUAGCUCCUUCUUUAUUAUCACUUACGAUCGCGAGAAAGAUAUUGGCAGAAGAGUUGUGAUUGAAGGACUUGGAGAUAACUUGCGUUCUGUGAGCCUCUUCUUGGAUCAUGUGGAGUGUCCUAUAAUUCUCUAA